UAGCUUUCCGACAGUUUAGUGCUAGACAUUCAACAAAAUUCCCAAAAAAAAAGUCCCCCUCGAUUUUAUUCCCCGUUUUAUUUUUUGUUCUCUUUGGCAAACCGAAAGCUGCUGCUAAACAGCAAGACUUUGAAAGUAGAAUGUGUUCGAGGACGCGUUGGGGGCGGAUCGAUCCCAGUAUCCAGGUUACUUUGGUGAAUGGGACGACGGGAAAGGUGAUCAGGCUAAACAGGACAACGCUGCCGCGACGGGUGGAAAGACAGCUGCUGCUCAUGGCCUCGACGUCGCCGUUCCUCAACUUCAUAAACAAGUUCCGCCUGGACGAGAUACUGAUUAACCAUCAUUACAAGGGCGUCUACAGCAUGCGUACCGCGGCCACCGUUACCGAACUGGCGGCCUACACGUGGAACGCCAUGUCCGUUGGCGAUCGCCAGCCAUAUGUCCGGCUGGCCCGGAAGGCGCAGCAGAUACAGCAGGCGCGGCAGCUGCACUUUCUGGGCACCUGUAGCCGGCCAGUGAUAAAGCGGGGUUCCCUCUGUCCCAUUGUUGUUCAAAGCAGUCUCGGCGAAAUGUUGGCCCUUGUCUAGGAGCAUUUUGAAAAGUCUUUUAAUAAAUCUAUUCUCCUUUCUAA